CGAGGCCGCCAGGCCGGGCCCCGCCCCCGGCUCUGCUGAGCGGGGGUGGGGGGGGGCCUCUGCGGGGCCGCGGCCGCGCCUGGCCGGAGGGGCAGGAUGGAGGACGACACGAGGAGAAGGACAGAGGACUACCUUUGUGUCUACACAAACGCCGGGCCGUUCGACGUCCUCCCCGCCGCUGCACGCAUGAUCGUCGGGACGUACCAGGUUGACGGCGAGAACCACGGCAGGAAGGUGUUCCGGAGGAUGGAGGACGCGGCGAAGAAGUUCCUCCCCGACGUCGUCUGCUUCUUCUGGGACGACCGGGACGGCGAGGCGCGCCUGCUGG